AUGGGCCUGGGCUAUGAUCCCACCAAGAGCCACGAGAUGUUUAUUCAACAUCUGCAUGAUGCCAAGGUGGACGGAUUCGAGGGCCUCUCCUUGGCUGACUGGGUCUGUUUUGCUACUCAUGGAAGUAGGAUGAAUAGCGAACAUGUCGUUGCAUUUGAAGACGGCCACAGGAAUUAUGGGAUUUUCGAACUGAGCAACAGAUUACAUUGCCAAGAUACUCCCAUAGAAUCAGAGAAUCUCUGCAAGACCUGCUGUACUUAUUUCCUAAACGAAGACCUAUCAGAUGAUAUUGAAUGUCUUAAGAGAUACAUCCUGAGCUCUAACGGCCUGAAAUCUUGGAUUGCUUGGAGAGACAACUGUUCAGGACAAAAUAUUCAUCAAUACAUCAAGGAUUGUGGGCCCGAUAUCGAGGACAUAUGAUCUAAAGCUGUGGAAAUGUUCCCUUCCCCUUGUUCAUUUGGAUUUGACAUUUAUGGAUCAGAUUAUCUGCAGAUUCAGUAUAUAAACGUCCUCUCUCUGGAA